AUGGCGGCGGCGAACGAGUUCAUCGUCCCGGGGAGCGUGUGGGCGCGAGCGCUGGACGAGGCGACGACGACGCGACGGGAGGCGCGAGAGCGAGAAAAGGUGUUGGCGGAGGCGGAGCGGACGUCGGCGGAGACGCGGGAGAUGGAGGAGGAGGUGGAGCGGGAGGUGGAGGCUGAGAUGGCGGCAAAGAAUUCGAGUCGUGAUGACGAUGUGAAGGUGGAGGCGCACUCGGAGCGGUUCAUGAAUUGGUUGGCCAAGCGACCGGAGCGCGCCAAGCGGUACUGCGGAGAUGAGGCGCCGCCGUGCGCGGAGAGCGCGCGGCGAGAGAAGAUUUUUAACGCAAACGUCGCGAGGGUAGAUCGGCACAACGCCAAAGCUGGGAAGAAUGGGAUGCGGAUGAGCGUGGGUAAUUUUGCCGAUCUCACACCGGAAGAGUUCGAGCACAGGCACGCCACGGCGUACGAGCGACGCGUCAAGGCCAAGGUCGAGCUGGGCGUCGCGGCGCUCGGUGAAGCGUCGACGCACAAGGGCUCGCGGAAUUACGGAACGCGUACGGAUAUGAAACCGGUAGUUGAAGAACGUCCGAUGCGAGAUGACGAGCGAUCGGAGCGUCCGCGCACGCACAGUUCAAAGCGUGCAACGCGCACACACGGAGACGCCCUAGUACAGCCAGAGGAGCCCCCCAUCGCGCACGGUGAACUGGACCAACACUUCGCGGCGUUCGUCGAUAGGUAUGGGAAGCAGAUGCAGUACUGUCCGGCCGUCCCGUAUCCGUGCGACGAGGCGUUCAAGAGACAAAAGGUGUUCCUUAAAAAUCUUAGGGACAUCGAGCUGACAAACGCAAAGGGUGGGAUGAAGAAGCGCGUGACGCGCUUCGCGGAUUUGGAGAGCGACGAGUUCGCGCAUGAGCACGCGACGUAUGCGAACGUGACGGUUGGUUCAAAGAAACAACGCAGAAACAUGGCGAAACUCGGUGACUUGUCACAGGCUGACAUGCGAGCGCUGCACGCGCAGCGGCCGCACGCGUUACGUGGCAAGGUAUCUUUUCACAAGAUCAAGCCAAGGACCGACGUCAACGAGACGAGCACACUCGGUAAGUGGGAGUACACAUCGGCAGGCUUUAACGAAUCGUUCGAUUGGCGUAAGAAGAUCGAUUUGGGCCCAAUAUAUAGUCAAGGGAUGUGCUCGGGGUGUUGGGCCUUCUCCACGGCGCAAGUCGUCGCGGACAGCAAGACGAUCGCUUCAGGCGCACGCGUAGCGGUGAGUCCGCAUCAUUUAUUGUCGUGUGACAACCUAGAUUCGGCGUGCAACACGGGGAAUAUGGCGACGGCUUAUUCGUGGAUCAACGUGCAACCGAAGGGCGUGCUCUUGGCAUCUGAUUUCCCUGAGGGGAGCAGUUGUGAGGUCGCCAACGAGCCGAGCACUCGAGGAGUUAAGAUUGACGGCUACUGUGAAAUUCCGCCCCUACAAGGCGUCCCAACCGUGCUCAAUAUAAUGCGCGCCUUGAAGCAGCAAACUGUGGCGGUGGGUCUGAACAUCAAGCCAUUGCAGCUGUACGGCGGCGGCAUCGUGCGAACGCGCGACUGCCCGCCUGCAAGUUCAGAUCCGUUGCUUGCCAUCAACCACGCUGCGGUAUUAGUUGGAUGGGGUUACGACGAUGAAUCGAAACAGCCGUAUUGGAUAAUGAAAAACUCUUACGACUCUGACUGGGGCGAGGAAGGGUACGCGAAGCUCUCCAUGGAGCUCGGCGCGGAUGGGUACGGCACGUGCGGUUUGUACACAGAGCAGAAUUACCCGCUCACGGACGGUCGUGCGUGCGUCGAAGGAUCCAUGAAGAAGUGGAGCGUCAAGCGCGGUAACGACGUGUACUUGGAACCCGACGAUGUCUUGGUGCUUCCGAACGGACGAGGGUUGAUUACGCCGUUCAAGUUUGAAAUCUUCGGAUACGACUUGACCGACGCGCUGCAAUUCGCGGCGAUGUUUUGCUUCUCCCUUUGCUUCGUCCUGCUCCUCAUCGAGUUGUAUUUUUGCUUGUUCCCGGAGCUUGACGAUGGGGAUCAGAGCGAAGAAGUCGUCGCCGACGGAGGCAAGUCGCCUUCGGUGGGAUCGUCCCUGUUGCGCGACGUCGAGAAAGGUGGAUCCGCGGGAUACGGCGCCGACGCGGACGCCGAGAAGAAGUGA